GAGGCGUGACAACGGAGGCGCGUUCACGUGUUCACCACCGGCUCCUGAGAGAGACUGAGAGCAUCAUCAAAACACUGGUAAACAGCUUCCUCUGCCCGGAUAUCGAAAGAGGACAACGGGGAAUUUAGAGGUUAAAUUAAAAACAACGAGAGACUAGGGAGGCUGUGCGCCAAGGAGCCAAGGAGAGACGAGCAUCCAUCCUUGCAGCAGCAUCAGCAGUGAUAGUAGUAGCAGGAGCGGAUUCGAGGAUUUUCCGUGUCGGUUGCCCGGUGCUCCACACACCCUGUGCCUUUGAACCAGCAGCGGGGAGGAGGGGAGGACCAGAGAGGAGGCUGUGCAGAGAGGAGGAGGACCAUGGAGGGGAUGCAGGCAUACGGAGCCGGGAAAGCCGGAGGAGCCUUCGACCCUGUCACCUUCUUCCAACAGCCUCAGACCAUUCUCCGCAUAGUGUCUUGGCUCUUCUCCAUCGUGAUCUUCGGCUGCAUCGCCAACGAGGGCUACAUCAACCGCCCCAACGAAGUGGAGGAGUACUGCAUCUUCAACCGCAACCAGAACGCCUGUAAUUACGGCGUCUUUAUGGGCUCCAUGGCCUUCCUCUGCUGCAUGGCCUUUCUGGCUCUGGACGUCUACUUCCCCCAGAUCACCAGCGUCAAAGACCGUAAGAAGGCAGUGCUGGCUGAUAUCGGGUUGUCAGCAUUCUGGUCCUUCAUGUGGUUUGUGGGUUUCUGUUUCUUGGCAAACCAGUGGCAGGUGACCAAGCAUGAGGACAACCCGCUGAGGGAGGGAGGGGAUGCUGCCCGGGCAGCCAUCACCUUCUCCUUCUUCUCCAUCUUCACCUGGGCGGGCCAGUCCUUCCUGGCCUUCCAGAGGUACAAGCUAGGGGCCGAUUCAGCCCUCUUCUCCCAGGAAUACACGGACCCCAGCCAGGACGCAGCCGGAGCCCCUUACACUUCCUUCGGUGAGGACGACGUGGAGAGCCCAGGAGGAGGAGGAGGCCAGGCCAACAGCGACGGGGCCUUUGAUGGCACCGGUGGUUACCAGCGUCAGGACUACUGAGAUAUUGGGGGGAAAUAUACUUGGGGGGGCAGUUCUGGGUGAAGUUGCCCACGGUUUCUAAUUUAGAGCGAGGUUUGUAUAGUUUCUAUCACUGGGUCAGAAUUGACCAUGUUUGGGUCAAUAUAGCACAGACGCAAUAGCACAGACCCACUGUUAGACACAACAAGCUUAAGUUUUACCUUAAAACUGUCACAAAUCUAUUGUUAAGUGUACAAAACAGUGUGCAUAUGGCAUUCAAACUGCAAAGGAUACACGUAAUAUUAAUAAUCAGUAACAAAAAGUGACACACUAAGUUUAAAAUGAACUGGAGUGGAUUAUAAUUCAACAGUUUGCAACCAUACCAUAUUUUAGUUUGGGUAACUAACCCAAACUAAAAUAAAAAUCUCUCCAUGGGUACUGGGUAAAGUUAACACAGUAUUGCGUUGGUGCUAUAUUGACCUAAAUUGGGUCAAUUUUGACCUAGUCAUUAUUAGUGCGUGCAUGCAACAAUGAAUGCAUUUAGCUGGAGGAAGAAGUUAGUGGAUUUCAUACCUGAGCCAUUUUGGGCUGAUUUCCAUCUGUUUAUGUAGGAACUUAUCUCUAGGUCAGAAAGUGUGGACAACUUUCCAGAUUUUGGGAGGCACAGGUAACAGCUAGGGGUGGGAUAAGAUGUCAGUUAGGUGUGAGUCUGUAGUAGAACAACAGCAAGGGGUCAAGCUUUUGCAGAAAUGGUCACCCUGUAGCAGAUCAAUGCUUGUGGCCACAUUGCCUUCAUCUUCUGAGGUCUGCUGUCAGUAAGCAAAAUGACUGGGAUCAGUGUUAAUUGAAACACACACACACAACAAACCAACACACACACAUGAAAGCACACGUUCACAGCAUAUCGAUUUUGAACAGACAACACAAGUUUCUGCUGAUGAAACUCCUUAGAGGUGCAUUACAGGAUCUCUGUAUAGACAAACAAGCAACAGUGGCAUAUUUGGCAACUAAUCCCCUCAACUGUAACACCGGAGUGUGUUUGUGUGUGUUGAAAGGUCUCCUUUGGGUUUUAAUGAUGUGUGGAUGUGGGACAGUGUGUUUUUUCCUGUUUCCCUGAAGAACCCACUUUUUCUUUCCUCGAUUGUUGCCUUAGUGCUGACUGCCAAGCAAAAUCCAACGAACACAGGGCAACGUAUACCCAACAUGCACAGUAUCACCUUUCUCUUUCAGCAUCUUUAGAGCAAGACCAUUGCUAAUUGAAUUUUGUCUUGUUUUUAUCCUUAAGCAGGUAAAAACCAUGAACAAAACAAGCAUUUGGUAUCGUUAUAGAGCAUCCCAAAUGACACAAAAAUGACAGUUUCAUAUCAGCUGGCCUACAGACAACUAACUACACUGAAGAACUGCAGGUUAUUUAUCUUUUGUGUUUUUAUUUCAGCAACUCUACAGAUGAGGCAACCAUGAAAAUCCUGAGUAUUUAUGAACAUGCAUUGCUCCAUUUUCUUAAAGAAUAAAGUAUAUCUAUCUCUCUAUAAAUAUAUGUAAAUCCAUAAUUUGCAUAUUAGAGUGUUUGAAAAAAGAUUAUGCUUUAUUUUAGGGCAUUAUGUUAGUUCUAUAUAAAAAAGAGAAGACAAAAGAAAGAAGACCUAUGUUCUGUUGUUAUUGUGAUAAGAUAUAUGGUGAGGUCAUCCAUGCCUCAUCCUUUAUGUUGCUUUCAGGGUAAGGAGAUGUUUUUAUUUUGGGAUAAUAAUACUGACUAUAAAAAAAUACAGCAACAAAAAAAUGUGACCAAAUUAUCAAAGUAUAUACUGUAUAUGCACAUAUAUACUUUAUACUGUACAACCAUGUAGACGUAGAAAUGUGUGAUGUUCCUUUGUGAAAUUCCUUUAAAAAAAGUUCGAUUUAAGAAAAAGAUUGUGUACAAAUGUAUGUUUUUGAUGUGUUCGAUUUUAACCAAUAAAAAUAAAGAAGAUACUGAUAAAGACA